GGGGAACACAUUUAGCGUCUAAUAUGAGUAUUAUUUACGCCCGAAUCGAUAGCCGCGGUUCUGACAACAGAGGAUCCAAAUAUUUACAUGAAAUCUACAAGAAUUUAGGAAAUGUUGAGGUCAUGGACACUAUCGUCACCGCGAGAUAUCUCCGGGAUAAUUUGAGUUUCAUAGACCGCCAUAAUAUAGGAAUCUGGGGCUGGAGUUACGGUGGAUAUGUGACACUCAUGUCUCUGGCACUCGAUUACGCCGAUCCUGUAUUCCAUUGCGGUAUAGCUGUGGCUCCCGUCACUAACUGGAUGUAUAUGGGAUGGCCUCACGACAAUGCGAAGGCAUACAAUCGAUCGGAUCUUCUUAAUAAAGUUUCACUCUUUAAGGACGAGAGACUACUCCUGGCGUUGGGAACGGCCGAC